AUGAAGUAUUUUUCUACUCGCGGCGGUGGCCCCAAGCUCUCGUUCGAAGAGACGGUCCUCACGGGUCUGGCGCCCGAUGGUGGCCUAUAUAUUCCUGAAUCUAUUCCAACUCUGCCGCCCAACUGGCAAACGGAGUGGAAGUCGUAUUCCUUCGUCGACUUGUCAGUCGCAAUUCUAUCUUUGUUUAUCUCCCGCGAUGAGGUUUCCGAGCCCGAUCUUCGUGCCCUUGUCGUCAAGUCGUACUCCACAUUCCGCCAUCCCGAUAUUACCCCCCUGGUGAAGCUUGACGACCGACGAUUCGUGCUGGAGCUCUUCCAUGGGCCAACCUUUGCGUUCAAGGAUGUGGCCCUGCAAUUACUUGGGAACCUCUUUGAAUUCUUCUUACUCCGUCGGAAUGCGAAGAAAGCAGCUGGGGAAACGCCGGAGAAGCUAACUGUGGUCGGUGCAACGAGCGGAGACACGGGAAGUGCCGCAAUCUAUGGUCUGCGAAAUAAAGCCAACAUCUCGAUAUUCAUCCUCUAUCCAAAAGGCCGAGUGUCUCCCAUCCAAGAAGCACAAAUGGCAACUGUCACCGAUGCUAAUGUGCACACUAUUGCCGUUCAAGGCACAUUCGACGACUGCCAAGAUAUCGUAAAAACGCUUUUUGGCGAUGCCGAAUUCAACGCAACACACCGCCUUGGUGCAGUCAACUCCAUCAACUGGGCACGCAUUUUAGCACAGACAGUCUACUACUUCCUGGCCUACUUCCACAUCCAGCCACACUUGCCCGAUACCUCAGCAGACGUACAAUUUGUUGUCCCCACAGGCAACUUUGGUGACAUUCUGGCGGGUUAUUACGCCAAGCGGAUGGGUCUGCCAAUGGGGAAUCUUGUCGUCGCAACAAACGCGAACGACAUUCUUGCCAGGUUCUGGAACUCAGGCAGGUAUGAAAAAGCCGACUCGGAAUUGCCGGUGUCAGAUGGCAAGCAAAGCGGAGUCAGGGAGACGCUAUCGCCUGCUAUGGACAUCCUUGUGUCGAGCAAUUUCGAGAGGCUUUUGUGGUACCUUGCAUACGAGAACGCACAAGGCGACGACGAGAAUGCUAGAAUGGUGGCAAGCUCUGCCACGCUAGCGAGUUGGAUGAGUACCAUGAGGACCGAUGGAAGGGUCGCAAUCCCUGUUGACAUCUUGGAAACAGCUCGCCGCGAUUUCCGCGCCACCAGAAUAUCUGACGAGGAGACUCUCCAAACGAUUCGUUCUCAUUUCGAAGCGUCACCGUCAUAUAUCGCGGACCCACAUACCGCAGUUGGCCUUGCCGCUGGCAAGGCCAUCGCUUCCAAAGAAUCAACAAUACCACUACAAAUCAUGUUAUCCACAGCCCACCCCGCUAAAUUUUCUGAAGCAGUUGUGCAAGCUCUACGAGGACAGCCCAGUUUUGACUUUGAUCGAGACGUGCUUCCACCUGAGUUUGUCGGGCUGUUGGAGAAGGAGCGGAACGUUGUCGAGGUCCCUGGUCCAGAGGUAGACUUGGUCAAAAAGGUUAUCGAGAGAUUUGCUAUCGUUGAUGCAGGCAGCGGUGGUGUAGUUGGUGUAUAA